CCGACAAUGAUAAAGAACUUCAACCAAAAAAAGCACAAAAACAUCGACUAGAGUCUCGAAGCUGCUGAUGAUUGGUGAUUGUGGAGUCAAGCCGCGUGCCGUCUGCCGCUGUCAUUCUACUAUUGUCGUCGCGGGUUUAGCCAUGGCAACUCCUCCGUCGCAGCACGGUUUCAGAUGUCGUUUGCAGAUUUACACCGUCAUUUACUAGAAAAGACAUAGAAUAUAAGCUGGCAGAGAAUCUUCAGCUUGUUGAGCAUCCAAUUCUUUCGCAUUGCGCAGCCUUGCCUUUCGCGCAGGUGACUUUCCACGCCCAUACAUUCUUCACCCGUGUACAUACUCGAUACAUUCGGGGCUUUUUGACCUAAACACAAUCAACUCAUAUCCUAUAAUCAACAAAUGUGGACACAGCGCGCGACGCCCCGAAGCGAGCGCACGGGAUCGAUACACUCAGUCGCCUCACUCUACAGUGGCCGGCCGGAGUCAGUCGCUUCGAACCAGUCAUUUUCGCAGGUCAGAGGAUACGACUCAGAUCAAUCCUCAGACAACAAUUUCGGUGAAGAGCAGAUGUCGACACGCCCUGUUAGCAAAGUCGUCAUUCCAGCAAUUUGGCAGUCUCGUCGUCAGGAACCCAAGCUCGCAACCCCUGUCGAGCAGCCAGCUGUCGAGGCCUGGCGAGACGAGCAAGUCAAAGAGCACAUCGUCAGCGCUAUGCCACAACCACUAAAGACUGCACCACAAGCUCAGUGGGUAAAUCCCAAUGAGGACGAUACCGAGUCUCUUGCGUCCACACUCGAUGGCGAAGACCAGGUCUUCGGCUAUCCUGAGAAGACACCAACAUCGAUUCCAGUGAUGAUCUAUGCCGACGACGCUAAUGAUGAGCCCAUGUCGCCAGCUCCAGCACCGCAUGUUGCAGGCCCUCUGGAGUCACAACUUGCUGCGCUGAUGUCGAAGCUCAUCUACAUCGAGCGAGAGAACCCCGUGGCGGCUGUCGAGCCGGCCGAGUAUCAUGAGAUGAAGGCCCGAUUGAAGAAACUCGAAGAAGAGAAAGCACAACUCUGGAGCCGACACACAGCCAUCUGGGCUCUGCGCGAUGAGGACCUCGAGAAUAACAUCAAGAUCCGCGGACUCCUGGCCAAGAAGGAUCGCGAUCUUGUAGCGAUGACAGCUCUGCGCGACGAAGAUCUAGUCAACGUUCAAAUCGUCCGCAGUAAGUUAUCCGAAAAGACACGAGAACUCGAGCGCAUGCAAUCGCAAGGCGGAACCAGGAGUCCAAACCGCGGACGACCAGGAAGCUUCAUUGAGCGCCGCGCCACAAACGACCUCUUUGCUCAGGCCAAGUCAGCAGCACUCGAGCAGCGCGUGCUUGAGUUGGAGAAAAGGAACUCGAAUCUCGUUUCGAAGCUUGAGUCCUUGCAAGGCAGUGCCAGCAUCGACGAUCUCAACCGCAUGACAGCGCACCAGGCUUGGGGCGACCACGUUGCUGACCUCGAGGCACAACUCAAGGCCAAAGACGCCGAAUUGGCCAGGCGAUCAAGUGUCAGCACAUUUGAGGCCAAGCCGAGGGACAGUGAAUGGUCGAGGGUUGAGGCGAUUGUACAGGAGCAUGGCGCGUAUCGAGAGAUGGUCGGCGGGAAGCUGCAAGCACUCCGAUCGGAGAAGGAGACUCUUCAGAGGCUUUUGCACACGAAGGAGGACGAGUGCCACGCACUGGAGCUCAACGUGCAAAGCUUGAGGCGGCGCACCAUGGCCAACUGAUCGAGGAAGAUGGCGGACGUCUGCACAGGAGGCUGAUAU